GCAGCAGUUUGGUUUACGGAUGCUGAGGGGGCUCGUCGGUACUCACGCUCUGUCACACGCACAGUUAGUGUCUCUCUCGUCGGUUUUACCGCCGAACUGUUAAAUAUCAACCCGGUCGGACAUGGCGCAGUGCUCCGAGGCAGCCUCCGUCAGCUCCGCGGUGAACGGAGAGCCGAGGAAGGAGAGGAAGGUGGCAGUUAUCACCGGCAUCACCGGACAGGAUGGCUCCUACCUGGCUGAGUUCCUGCUUGCUAAAGGUUACGAGGUCCAUGGUAUUAUGAGGCGAUCCAGCUCUUUCAACACAGGCCGCAUUGAACAUCUUUACCAGAACCCACAGACACACACCGAAGGCAGUUCACCUCUAUGGAAACUUGAGCACAAGUGCAACAUGAAGCUGCAUUAUGGUGACCUGACUGACAGCACAUGUCUGGUGAAGAUCAUCAACCAAGUGAAACCCACAGAGAUCUACAACCUGGGAGCUCAGAGUCAUGUCAAGAUCUCCUUUGAGUUGGCCGAGUACACGGCCAACGUGGACGGCGUAGGAACGCUGCGCCUGCUGGACGCCAUCAAGACGUGCGGCCUGACCCACAGCGUGAAAUUCUACCAGGCCUCCACCAGCGAGCUGUACGGCAAAGUCCAGGAGAUCCCUCAGAAGGAAACCACUCCCUUCUACCCUCGCUCACCUUACGGAGCUGCUAAGCUUUACGCCUACUGGAUCGUGGUGAACUUCAGAGAGGCCUACGACAUGUUUGCAGUCAACGGGAUCCUCUUCAACCACGAGAGCCCGAGGAGAGGCGCCAACUUUGUGACGCGUAAGAUCAGCCGCUCGGUGGCCAAAAUCCACCUCGGCCAACUGCAGAGCUUCAGCCUGGGCAACCUGGACUCCAAGAGGGACUGGGGCCACGCCAAAGACUAUGUAGAGGCCAUGUGGCUGAUGCUGCAGCAGGAGCAGCCGGAGGACUUCGUCAUCGCCACAGGGGAGGUGCACAGUGUGAGGGAGUUCGUGGAGAAAGCCUUCAAACACAUAGGAAAGACCAUCGUGUGGGAGGGAAAGGAUGAGGAGGAGGUUGGCCGUUGCCAGGAGACGGGAGUGGUGCAUGUGACCGUGGACCCAAAAUACUUCCGUCCCACCGAAGUGGACUACCUGCAGGGUGACAGCACUAAAGCAUAUCAGCAACUGGGCUGGAAACCAAAGGUCGCCUUCGAGGAGCUGGUGAAGGAGAUGGUGGACGCCGACAUCGAGCUGAUGAGACAGAAUCCGAACGCCUGAUUCCACAUCAGGGACGACUCCACACUCCAGCUGAACGCCUCCCCGGCUGGAGGAGGCGCGGCGGCCAUGUUUUAUCUCUACUUUCACUGUCUUUACUUUUUGUUUUAAUCUCGGUAGAAUAACUGUGUCCUCUUUGUCUAAGAAAAUAGGGAGAAGCUGUAAGAAUGAACCCUUUGUUGCCUUUGAGUGAGUCUGUCUGUGCUUUUUGAUCAUGUUGGUUAAGUCUAAACGGCGGUCAUCGAUUCUUGAGGUGGCAGGUUUCCAACGUCUAUUUAUGUGUUUAUUUUAUUGAAAUGAGUUGAUUUAGCUGUGGUGGAGGAGGAGCUCUGAGUAAAUACAAAUGAUUUAAAGUUUCAUCUUUUGUCAAAAUGGGGAAGGAAUGAUGCAUUUCGUACAAUAAAAACUGCUCUUUUAA